UGGAGCGGGUGUGAGGGGUGGCGGCUCGUCCUGGUCGCUGGUGCUUCCAAGAGUCUGGGAGCGCAUCCUCCUCUGUGGUGUGGCCGGCUGGCGCCUAACAUCAGGGACAGCUGGAGCACCAGCCUCCCUGCCACGACUCAGGGACAGAGCAGCAUGAGCCAGUCAAGGCACAUGGGCAAGAUCCGGAAACGUCUGGAAGAUGUCAAGAGCCGGUGGGUGCGGCUAGCCAGGACUGACUUCAGCGACAACGAGAGCGCCCGGCUGGCCACAGAUGCCCUCUUGGAUGGCGGGCCCGAGGCCUACCGGCAGGUGCUCAGCCAAGAAGGCGAGGUGGACUUCUUGUCCUCGGCGGAGGCCCAGUAUAUCCAGGCCCAGGCCAAGGAGCCCCCCCAUACUCCGGAGACCCCAGCAGGGGCUGAGGCAGGAACCAAGGGGCUCGACUCCUGCUCCCUGCAGUCAGGUACCUACUACCCUGUGGCCUCAGAGGACAGCGAGCCCGCCCUGCUGCACACCUGGGCCUCGGCCGAGAAACCCUACCUGAAGGAGGAGUCCAGCGCCACCGUGUACUUCCAGACGGACAAGCACAACAUCCGAGACCUCGUCCGCCGCUGCAUCAGCAGGACCAGCCAGGUCCUGGCUAUCCUGAUGGACGUGUUCACAGAUGUGGAGAUCUUCUGUGACAUCCUGGAGGCGGCCACCAAGCGUGGGGUGCUCGUCUGUGUGCUCCUGGACCAGGGCGGCGUGCGGCUCUUCCAGGAGAUGUGUGACAAAGUGCAGAUCUCCGACAGCCACCUCAAGAACAUUUGCAUCCGGAGCGUGGGAGCAGAGGUGUACUGCGCCAAGUCAGGCAGGAAGUUCGCCGGCCAGAUCCGGGAGAAGUUCAUCAUCUCGGACUGGAGAUACGUCCUUUCUGGAUCGUACAGCUUCACCUGGCUCUGCGGACACGUCCACCGGAACAUCCUCUCCAAGUUCACGGGCCCGGCGGUGCAGCUGUUUGACGAGGAGUUUCGCCACCUCUGCGCCUUCUCCCAGCCGGUGAUGGGCCUGAAGUCCCCCAGGCUGGACGCACCCCUCCAGCCCAGAGCAGGGCGCAGCCCCCCACCCCGCCGCCUCAGUGGCAGUAGUUGGUCUGCCAGUGACCAAAUGUCCUCCAGUCCCUUCGGCAGCCCAUCAACGGGAAGCAACCCCCAGGACCGGAGUCUGUCCAGGUCCUCCGGGCCGAGCAGCCCCCUGGCCCCAAACCCACCUCUGCCCCCCAGGCUUCAGCCCUACCACGGCCUCUGGGGGGCCCUGACCCCACAGGCCCACUUCUCCCUGCGGCCCCACGACGGGCCCCUCGCCCUCUACAGCAAGCUCAGCGCCCACAGGCCCAUGCGGCUGCAGCUGGAACAACUGGGCCUGGUGCCCAGGGUGGCCCCCAUCUGGAGGCCAGUUCUGCAGGCCUCCCCUCACUUCUGAGGGGUCCCUUCUCCCAGCUGCCCUCCCUGAUUUCUGGACCUUCUGGCCCAAAGACCCCACUGCAACUACUAGCAGCUUUGACCCUGGUCCCUUUGAACUAAAGGCACUUGGGCAACAUUGUUGCCUGUUCCCAGGCCUGAGACGCUCCCUUCCCAACCCCCAGCAGUCCCUGGGUUCCCCUCUAGUGUGGCCUACACAGCUCACUCCAGGAAGUUCCAGGGGGGUGGGAAAGGGAACUAGGGGACAAGGAUCGUGAAAGUAGAGCCCUUUUUCCCACAGAGCAGCCGGAGCUUUUCAGUAUCCUUGAAUCUCUGUAAUACGGAAGGGGCAGGUGCAGCCCACAUUGUGUCUAUGGGUAAACUGAGGCACUGAGCAGCAGAGGGUGGUUGUUUCCCAGCCCUCAGGAACGGUCCACUCCUGAGACCCGGGAGAGAGAUCCAGAGGGUGUGUGAACAUUCUGGAUGUCUCUGGAGGGGUGAGACUACUGCUGUCCCCGGAAAGGCAGGGCACUGGGAAUCCCUUGGCCCGACGAGUUCGGGAUGAGGCCCCAGAACCGCCACUGCAAGCUAUGUGGGCCGAUGGAGACCGGAGCCGAGAGAUGGGCAAGCCGAGGCGUCUGGGGCGUAGAGCUGGACGAGGCAGUUUAGCAGCUCGGCGCUGAGGGUCCCUCCCAGCUGGAGCUUCACAGGCCGCGCAGUUGGCUCGCAGCAGCACGCCUUGGGCGGAGCCCCCUGCCGGCCAGGCUCCUGAGACUGUGUGAGCAGGCCCUCCCGCUCCUACCCGCCCACCCACAGCAGUGAAGUAGAAAUAUACCUUUGCCCGGCCCAUCUGGCUCAGUGG